AACAACACAACAUUCGUUUUUUACCCAAAAAAGACUGCUUGUUUUUGUUCCACUGGUUGGGAGGAAAAUCUUUGGAUCUUUCAUCCAACUACUAAACAUGGAUUACAACUCCUGCCCCCGUGUAAAUGCCAUAUUCCGGAAUCAGCCGAGUUACACAUAUUUCAACAAAUCCAUUGCUGAUCCUAAGGAUAAUGUCUAUUUGUUGCUACAUGAAAUCGAGAGCCAUUUUAUGGAGCCACAGCAGCUGGCAGACAAAAGGUGUUUUGAAAAUGUUACAAUUGUUGAUCCUCGAAACCAAAAGUUGGUCACAGACAUCGUAUACGAUUACACCACAACGCUGACCACAAAAGCAUUUCAUUCUCCACGAGCAUCAUGUUUAAAUGGUGCACAGCAUAGUAUUGGAAUGAGAGUGGUAAAGGCGCGUCAGGAUGGUACAGAAUUGGCAGAAGAUGACUAUCUGAUAUGGCAUCGAAUGGAAAGUAAAUGUUUAAAAGAGACACAGCAAUUCCAGAAAUUCGUCUAUGAAUAUAAUCAAACAAAUAAAGAAUUGAUAUAUAGCCCGGCAAGGCAGCUCAUGGAUUUAUAUAAACAAUGGUAUGGCAGGAAAGCGGAGAGGUUACUGAAGAAAUGUCCUGAGGUAUCGUAUAAUACACAUUUGGGCUUGCCUCAUUUAAGGGUGUGUAAGGAUGCCCUAAAGGAACAAUGGGCAGAAAUUGUUGAAGUUCAAGUGGACCCAUUAGUGAACAUGUUAAGCAAUAAGGAAAUGAAUAUGCAAAAUAUAAAAAGAAAAUUGGAAAUGUAUUGCCAAGAUUUUGUUGAUUCUGAGUCCCGUAGAGAGCAACUAGAAGAGGAAGCAAAGAAUGAUUUUGUAAAGUCAACAGAAGCUGCAGAGGAGUUCCCCUUAUACUUCAUACCUUUUGAUUCAUUAUUGUUUCUCUUAACGGCAGGAGAUUAUCUGGACUUACCCAUGGAAAUGUUGCUAGACAUAAAGGAAAGAGAUACAGAUCAGAAAUAUUUAGUUAUGGAUUUACCCUUGCCUCCACGCCAAAUGGGCUGGCAUACAUGGAAACAAGUGGCGGAGCAAGCUGCCAUGUCUUAUCUCAGUCGAAUUUCGGAACACCAGACAGAUAAAGAGAAAGAAAAUGAAGUGUUUCCUAAUUCCGAUCACAAUAUUCCCUAUGAGUUAAAAACUAUUGAGGAAUAUAUGGAAUCAUAUGGCCAACGAGAUAAGAAAUAUUGCCAAUUUUCUCAAACCAACUGCAAAUGGCAGCUAAAGGCCAAAGAAAAGGAUUUGAUACAAAGUAUCCACACAAUUGUUCCAACUAAUCUCACAAAGGAUUCCAUUAAAUUGGAAUAUAAACCGACAUUUGGUUGUGAACUACAAACAAAGUAUGAAUUGCUCAGGGAGUGGUUCAAACUAAAAUUACUGAAUAAAACAUCCAGUACAUGCCAUCGUUUGGAUGUAAACAAUUUUCAAACUUUGCUAGCCGAAUCGCAGACUCUGGAUAAACUACAGUUUCAAUUAUCCACCAUGUAUCAUAUACAAAUACCACAGCUACUUUGUAAUCUUUAUGAAUUCCUAAACCUGUUAACACAAAUGCCUUGCGGCCACUAUAUGUUACGUUUCAAUCCCAAAUUUCGGGAUAAAUUUAUGCUUUGCAAGCCCUCGGAUGAAAUUACACAGAACACCAUUCACCUACAUCAGUUGCUUAAAACCGAACCCUCGGAAUUGUUGUUUAUGGCCCAACAAAGCUAUUUACCCAUAGCUGAUAAUCUUUGUAGUUUAAUGCAUGUUCAACACAAGCUUAUACCUUGCACCUUUAGACCCAUGGCUAGGUGGCGACAUGAGAAGUUACAGAAAAAUGAAAAAGGCAAUGCCAAUGAUUUCAUCAUAAAUGAUCGAAAAUGUAUAUUAAACAAGAUAGAAAAGAAAAAGAAAGCAGUUGAGGACCGUUUAUCUGCAUUGCGCAAAGCUCGAAAGAAGAAAACCCAAAGAGAAAACAGAAUAAAACGCAAAUUAAACCAGAACAAUGAAGAGAAAGAUCUACAGCGGGAAAUCGAGUUCGAUCAGCAGAUUAUUGGUAGCUAAAUUCGGAAUGUAAUUCCCGAGUUACUGAUAAUGGCCGUAGAACUAAAAUUAAAGCUCAAUAUCAAUUGGAUUGGAAUACAUGUUUUAAAAAAACUGUGCCUUCAUUUUGUUGUGUUGAGUAAGAUAUGUCUUCCUGGUAUAAAUAAUCGGAAGCACUUUGUUAUGGAAUUUUACACAGUUGCUUCUGUCAAUUUCGAAACAACAACAAAGAACCAAGAGCCUGUAUUUGUGGAAAUUUCACAUCAUUGUUGUUUUAAAUCAAUUAUUUUACAAUAAUCAGUCUCUUCCGGAACUGCAAGAAUGUACGAGUUUUUACUGCGAGAACCGAUUUUCCCUUUAUGAUAUCCUAAACAAUUGCAAAAUUAUU